CAAACCCUUAUGCGUAAGGACGCCGUUUAUUUUGUUGUUGUUUACUUAAUAACUUAAAAUAAAGUCAGAAUAACAGAAGAAUUAAAGAAUAAAACAUUAGCCCUCGUUUGAAAUAAAAUGGAAGAGUUGUGUCCCGGCUGCCUGUGUUCAGGAAGAAAAUUAACUUACAUUAGUGGAACGUCUGUUUACUAUUUUUACAAACAAAUUGUUGAUGAAAUUGCCGCUCCAGAAGUGCUACCGCAGCUUUCAAAGGUUUGUUGGGAAUGUACAGCGCUGCUCCGUCGAUUCCAGUGUUUCCAGCAGCAAGUCAAGUGCUGUUACCUUGAGCUAUUAAUGUGCGUGCAGCAGAAUUCACAACAAUCAUUAUCAAAACCAUCACACCUUCAAUGUCAGUCAGCAGUCACUAUUAGCUUUCCAGAAGUGAAAGUAGAUGUGGAGAUAAAGGAGGAAACAGAGGAAGUUCAUUGUGAACCAGAGACAUUUGUUAACCAGUUAACUUGGGGAGAUAAUUUAGAAAAAGAUGUGCUACCUUGUGAACCUCAAGUCAUUAUAAAGAAAGCUGAUAAGGCAGUGAAUAAACAAAAUCUGAAAGGCAAAACUAAGAAAAAGCAGAAAAAGAAACUAAAAUUAAAAAGAAAAACUAAAUUAAAAAAAGAAACAUCGGAGAGUGACCAUGACUUUGACAAUGAUGAGACUGAUUUUCAGAUUGAAGAUGUAAAAGUAGAUCAAAAUAUUGAACAUAACUUAGAACAAAAUGUUAUAAAGGAAAAUUUAGAUAUAAAUGAAAUAAAUUUGGAGAAUGAAACUAAGGAAAAAGACCAAUCAAGGACAGAAGAGAAUGAAACACAGGUUGAAUUAGAAGAUGAUGUAGCAGAUGUACGGAAUGAUGUUUCGAAAGUGAAUGUCAGAAAUAGAGAACAAUUACCCGAGAGGCCUCAAUGUGUUGAAUGUGGGAAAGUGUUCAGUUCAAGAAAGACAUAUCGCUAUCAUCUAAAUGUAUUACAUAAAGGACAGAAUCGUCACCCGUGUCCGAAAUGCGGAAAAGUUUAUCAAUGGAAGUCGAACCUGGGAAGACAUAUGCGAAGUCAUAAGGCGCGUGAAAGUGGUGAAUUGUAUUGUGUGAAAUGUGACAAGUCUUUUGCGUCUGUGGCGACGUACAGACAGCAUAUACGGGUGUCAAGACGACAUGUUUCGGAAAGUGAAUUUACUUUUACAUGCGACGAUUGCGGCAAAAAGUUUGUGAGCAAGACACGCUUGCGUGAUCAUGUCGAUUGGGAGCAUCUAAACAAGAUUAAAUUCCGCUGUCAGUUGUGUAAUAAACCGUUUAAAUGCCACACGUCGCUAUACGUACACCUUCAGAACGUGCACAGGAAUAAAGAGAGGAGAGACAACUUGUGCCAUGUUUGUGGGAAAUCAUAUCAGAAUGCAGCGAAAUUAAAAUACCACAUAGUGGCGAUGCACACGAGUGAGACGCCAUAUCAGUGCGCUGACUGCGACGCGGCCUUUGGGUGGUACUCGUCGUUGUACCGGCACAUUCGGGAAGUGCAUUACAAGAUGAAAAUUCAAGCAAAGAAAAGUAAGAAGGAUAAAAAAUUACAGUUGCAAGAAUUGAUCCCGCUACCCUCGGAACCGCCGGGACCUUAGAACUUUACCUUCGUCUGCUAUAGUCUGUUGUGAUAAAGUUAUUUUUAUUCUUGAUUACAAAACUAGUAUUAUUUUUAUGCAGAUCGCCUUUACAACAUGUCAGUAUUUUCAAUUAAUUUUGUUUGUUACAACAUGUUAUAUUUGUGAAAGCCAAUUAGCCGUUCAAUUAACUGCUUAGCCGUUUAACUAACGACCUAAAAGAUAUUCAGUCGUAGCGUUUGUUAUAAUAUUUAAUAAACUGGCUGGCUAUUGCUAGGCCAUUCGAACUAUAAAGACAUUAUUUGGAACAAAUAACAAAUGACAUAAAAAUAUUUCAUUUAAAAUUAAUUGCUCGAGUCAAAUUCUCAUUAUUAUUGUCACUACACUCUUCCAUUGUAAUUGUUUCAUUUCAUGAAACUUUGGAAAACACCAUCAAAGUUGAGGUUUGUUGACGCCAUUUUGAAGAGUUUCGUUUCGAGAUUGAGAGUGGCAGAUAGUGUAUUAACAGUCAACAGGCUAGGCAAGUAAUGAAACGUCAUCGAUCCAAGUCAUUUGCCUAGCUGUUUAAUCAACUGGCUGAAUAUCUUUCAGGCCGUUGGGCUAGGCUGUUAAUUGAACAGCUUACUAAUUAGCUGCAACAUAUGCAUUGCAUUGCCGUGAAUCGAACUUACGAACUCAGUAUUGAGAGUUGACACUUCUCAAACAAUAAAAUAAAUUGCGUUGUAUAAUCGAAAAUCAUUUUUAUAUUUUUACAGUUUUGGUUAAUACAGUAUUAAAAUAGUUUAUCUUUGCACCCUUUUAUAUUUUAUUCCUGAGUGAGACACUUGUGAUAUUUUAAGAUCUUAAAUAAAACAUUGGU